AUGAAGCCCGUCCCCAACAUGGUCAUGUCUGCUCUCGAGCCUGGAGAAACCGGAAUUUGGUGCUGUCCUUGCGGCUACACAGCACAGCCGUUCGGCCCUGGCUGCUAUUCCGAAGUACCCAGGAGCCUGUACACCGCAAAUACUGCCUGUUCUGUCAUCCUUCACCCCGCCGCUGCUACAAAGGUCAACGUCACAUACACCUACCAUGGUAGAACGAUAACAACCGAAGAGUUUUCAUGGACCACGUGGACUGAGACUACGUAUCCGACCACGUCAUACUGGUACACAAAGCGCAAGAUGUAG